AUGCCGAGCACGCGAUCCAAACCCGCGACCGAAGUUACGUCAGAGGAAACCAAGGGCUCAACUUCAAAUUCAAAAAGAAAGAUUCCCCAAUCAGUCGAUGUACCCAACAAAACAUUCAUUUUACCUUCAAAAAGAAGCGAAGUAGCCCGAUUUAUUUCUCUUCCAAACCCCAGCUCCAGAGUCACAAAUCGAUAUUUCUUCGACCCGGAAAGUGCCGGCUUGUACGAGUUCACGGCCGUCGCAUCAACCCAAUUCGCUCCGAGGAGUAUCCUGAUCACACCGAAUAAUGACAAUAACGGGAAAGCAGCAGCAGCAGCAGCAAAAAGCUAUAUUGCGAAAAAGGCAGAACUCCUAAUCGCGACACCAAUUGAUGUCUUGUUCUUCAUGUUACCGAUCAUAGCACCGGCCGACAAGACCUCGACGUCGAACAUGUUUCAGCCCUUGGACGAUAUUCUGGACUCGCAGGACGAGCUUUCCGCACACCUACGGUAUAUCCUUUACAAUACUUCGUUCAGACCUACACUUGAGAGGCGCAUGCAGUCAAUUUGCGAUACAAUGGAAGCCGGGGGUGAGAAAUUAUAUCGCUUCAACGAGACGAAGCUUCUCACGGAGCUAAUCGCAAAGGCAGACCGAAUGAUUGCCCAGGGACUUCCCGCAAGUCUAGAAGAAAACUUUAUUCACAAGGCUCUUGCUCCGCCUUUGAUGAGUGUCAAGCGGGAGGAUACAGGAACCACCGCUACUACUCUAGUCGAGAACGAGAAUAGUCAAGACUUGGAAGUCGUCGAGACGCAGUCGACGUCGACUACAACUGCAUCUACUACAGUAUCCGAACAACAAUCCGGCGUUUCGACGCCAGCCACACAGCCUCCUACCGUGGAUGAAAUAUCAUCCUCAUCGGAGAGCACUGCGCGAUUACUCCGUCUCCGCAUCGCCCUCUCAUUCAUAAAACAGUCCUACCUCCCCCAAAACCUAUCAACCAAAAUCGAAGAAACCCUUAAAUCACCCGAAAGCCCCAUUGACUUUACACCCCUCGAGAAUCGACUCAAGGAACUCGCUGCUCUUCGCGCGGAAGCGUUUGCGUCGCGCGCAAUAGGCGGGGAUUUCACACGCAAGCGCGGCUUUGAAGAUGAAGAUGGUGAUUCUGCGCGUGUGGCGGCCAAACGGAGAAAGGACGAAGAGAAGAAAGCUAAAGCGGCGGAGUCGCGGGGUGUGAGGGAUUUGAAGAAGGUCAAUACUUCGGGAAUGAAGAAGAUGAGUGACUUUUUUAGGAAGAAGUCUUGA